UCUGAAGUCCUAAAGAUGGAGGAUUUGGAUUUGAUCAAACCUGAACCUUCAGGAUCCAGCUGUCCAUCCAUGAGGAGUGACCUGUCCAAAGAUGUACCUCCAGACUACAGUGCAGAACCUGGAACCUCAGACAUAAAAGGUCAGAACCGCGGGCAGAGAACAGAAUCUCCAUCUAUGAUGAGUGACCGGUCCAUUGGAGAGCAACCAGACUUCAGUGAAGAACUUGGAUUAUUGGAAGGGAAGGAGGGGCAUAAACUACAGUGUGGAAAAAGAGCAAGAACCGGACAUGAAGUGCAGAUUGAGAAUGUCUGUGUAGCAGAUGUUAUGCUUAAGAAGCUUCUAGAGGAACAUAAGAUCCAUCUGAAGAAGAGAUGUGAACAUGUGACUGAAGGAUGUGAUGAAACAGGAAGUAGAACCCUCCUCAACAGGAUCUACACUGAUCUCUACAUCACCGAGGGACAGAGUGAAGAGGUUAAUACCCAACAUGAGGUGAAGCAGCUGGAGGGAGCUUCCAAGAACCUCCAUGGUUCUCCAAUCAGGUGCCAGGACAUCUUCAAAGCCUUACCUGACCAACAUGGAGACAUCAGAGUGGUUCUGACCAACGGCGUCGCUGGUGUUGGAAAAACCUUCUCAGUGCAGAAGUUCACUCUGGACUGGGCAGAGGGAUUGGAGAACCAAGAUGUCAGUGUGGUGGUUCUGCUUUCCUUCAGGGAGCUGAACCUGAUCAGAGAUCAGCAGCACAGUCUUCUCACGCUGCUCCAUGUUUUCCAUCCAACCCUCCAGAAGAUCCCAGCAGAGAAGCUGGCUGUCUUGAAGCUUCUCUUCAUCUUUGAUGGUCUGGAUGAAAGCAGACUUUCUCUGGACUUCAACAACAGCCUGAUUGUUUCUGACGUCAAAAAGAAGUCAUCAGUCAAAGUUCUGCUGAUGAACCUCAUCAAGGGGAACCUGCUUCCCUCCGCUCUGGUCUGGAUAACUUCCAGACCUGCAGCAGCCAAUCAGAUCCCUCCUUCCUGUGUUUCCAGGGUAACAGAAGUACGAGGCUUCACUGAUGCCCAGAAGGAGGAGUACUUCAGGAGGAGGUUCAGUAAUGAAGAGAUGUCCAGCAGGAUCAUCUCCCACAUCAAGACCUCCAGGAGCCUCCACAUCAUGUGUGGGAUCCCAGUGUUCUGCUGGAUCACUGCUACGGUUCUGGAGAACCUGUUGACCACAGAGCAGAGAGGAGAGCUGCCCAAGACCAUGACUGACAUGUACUCACACUUCCUGCUGGUCCAGACCAGGAGGAAGAAGAACAAGUACCAUGAAGGACAUCAGACGAGUCCACAGGAGCUGAUGGAGGCUGACCGGGAAGUUCUCCUGAAGCUGGGGAGGUUGGCAUUCGAACAUCUGGAGAAAGGAAACAUCAUGUUCUACCAAGAAGACCUGGAGAAGUGUGGUCUGGAUGUCACAGAGGCCUCAGUGUUCUCAGGAGUUUGUACAGAGAUCUUCAAAAGAGAGAACGUGAUCUUCCAGAAACCAGUCUACAGCUUUGUUCAUCUGAGCGUCCAGGAGUUUCUGGCUGCAGUCUACAUGCUCCACUGCUUCAUAAGCAGGAACACAGAGGUGUUGAAGAACUUUCUAAGACAAAAAUACAGAGAAUCAUCACUGGAUGACCUCAUGAGGAGAGUCAUGGAAAAGUCCCUCUGGAGUCCAAAUGGCCACCUGGACCUGUUUGCUCGAUUCCUUCAUGGUCUCUCUGUGGAUUCCAACCAGAGACUGUUAGAAGGCCUGUUGGGUCAGAUGGAGAACAACCCAGAAACCAUCCAGAGGAUCAUCAACAAUUUAAAAAAGAUAACCACUUCUAUCUCUCCUGAAAGAAGCAUCAACAUCUUCCAGUGUCUGAUGGAGAUGAAGGACCUCUCAGUUUAUCGGGAGAUUCAACAGUUCAUGAAAUCAGAGAAUAGAUCAGAGAAGCUCUCAGAGAUCCAGUGCUCCGCUCUGGCCUACAUGCUGCAGAUGUCAGAGGAGGUUCUGGAUGAGUUGGACCUGGAGAAGUACAACACAUCAGAGGAAGGACGACGUAGACUGGUUCCAGUGGUGAGGAACUGCAGAAAGGCUCAACUUGGUGGCUGCAGACUCUCUGAGGCUGAAUGUGAAGCAGUUGUCUCAGCUCUGAAGUUCAACCUAUGUCUCACUCGCCUGGAAAUAGAGGAGGUUUAUGGAUAUGAAUCCUUUGGAGACUCUGGUAUGAAGCAUCUGUGUAAGAUCCUGGAGAGUUCAACCUGCAGACUGAAGAAACUGAGAUUGCAGGGAUGCCUUUUAUCAGAGUCCAGCUGUGCUUCUCUGGGCUCAGCGCUGAAGUCCAACCCCUCCCAGCUGACAGAGCUGGACCUGAGCGGGAACAAAGUGUACGCUGGUUUAGUGAAGCAGCUCUGUGGUUUUCUUCAGUCUCCCCACUGCAAACUACAGAUAUUGAUAUUGCAGGCCUGUCGUUUGUCAGAGAAAGACUGUGUGUCUCUGAUCUCAGCUUUGAAGUCCAAACCCUGCUAUCUGAGAGAACUAGACAUAAAUAAGAACGAUUUGAAAGAUGCUGGAGUGAAGGAGCUCUGUGGCGUUCUCCAGUCGCCUCAAUGCAAGCUACAGACAUUAAGCUUGUUUUGCUGCGGUUUGUCAGAGAUCAGCUGUUCUUAUCUGGUCUCAGCUCUGAAGUCCAACCCGUCCCAUAUGAUGGUACUGAAACUUGGAGGGAACAACCUGAAGGAGUCAGACGUUCAGCAGCUGAUGGAUCUUGUGAAGAGUCCAGACUACAAACUGCAGAAUCUGUUGUGGAGCGGAUGAUCUUUCUAGAAGCUGAUGUUUCCUGAUGAUCCACAGAGGCAGAAGCUGCAGCGGUUUGUGUUUAAAGAGACUCUGACUGGAUCCUGAUGAUGAACUCUGAGAUUAGAAACGUUCCUCCUCUUUAUUUGACCCUGUCUGU